AUGAACUCCUUCCUGGAGUACCUGGCGCGGGGCGGGGACAGCUUGAAUUUAGCCGGGAAGUUUAGCGGCGCAGAGCCCGGCAGCGUGGCUUUGCGGCCGCCCUGUGCCCUGUCAGCCGGCGGGGAUGGCGCUUACCCGGGUCCUGCAGCGGGAAGCUUGCCUGACUUCUCAACGCGCUUGGCGCCGCAGCACCAGGCGCCGCAGCCGCAACAGCUGGCGCCCUGCGCGCUUCCCUCGAACGUUUUCUCCUCUGCCGAGUUCAGCUUGCUCCGGCCCGAGGCGCCCUACGCAGCCCCGGAGGACAGCGCUCCGGUGCGUUACGCCACGUCCAUUUUCCCGGGCAGCGGGGGCGCGUACCUGCAAAUGGAUUACACCGCGCUCGCCGAGACUUUUCAACCUUGCCCCAAGGAUGCGCCGCUGCGGACCCCGCCGCCAGACUUCUGCACCAAGUCCAGCGCCCAAGCGGCGCUCAGCACUUUCGAGUGGAUGAAAGUCAAGAGGAACGCGCCCCCUAAAAGUAAACCCACAGCUUAUGGGUCUUCCAGUCCUCCUAGUGUGGUAAGAACCAAUUUCAGCACUAAGCAACUGACAGAAUUGGAGAAAGAGUUCCAUUUCAAUAAGUACCUCACCAGAGCCCGGCGUGUGGAAAUAGCAAAGUCUCUGGGCCUCAAUGACACUCAGGUGAAAAUCUGGUUCCAAAAUCGGAGGAUGAAGCAGAAGAAAAGAGAAAGAGAAGGAAUAGUGAUUCCUGGGGUACUUACUCAAAUCUCUCUUUCAGCAUCGAGUCCCACACAUUCAGGGAUGUGUUCUGUGACCCCUUCUACCAAAACUUCACCAUAAUACUGGCAUUGUGAUAACACUGAGAAUUGAUACAGAUGCACGAUACUGAAAAG